AUGCACGAAACAGCACGCCAAGUUCGCUACCAGCUCUUUCAAUACUAUCUGAAAGAGUGUAGACCCCCGACCGUCAUGGAAUUGGCCACGCUCUGCCAUCUGAGCACAGCAGAGAUCCAACAGGUUCUCGAUCAGCUGGAGGACCUGCAUCACAUUGUGCAAUACAAGCAUGAUGGACGCUCGCCGAUGCCUAUUGCCAUGGCCCAUCCCUUCUCCCAUCUCCCAACGACAUUUGCAGUGGCCCAAUGUACCCGACGCUGGUGGACCAAUUGCAUCUGGUGUGCCCUAGGACUAGCCGCCAUGCUCGCUCCCCUCAAAACAACCAUCCUGACUCGCUCGGGCUCCAUCGGCCAGGAACUCGAACUCACAAUCGAGAACGACCAGAUCAAUUGUACCGGACAUGCUGGUGAACAAAUCAGCUCGCACGACUGCCACGCUCACUUCUCCAUCCCGCCCGCGAAAUGGUGGAAGGAUGUGCGCUUCGCGUGCGGGACGAUUCAACUGUUCGCAACUAAGGAAGAGGCGUUGGAGUGGCCGCACAAGUAUGGGUUCUAUUCGGGGGAGGUUAUGACGCUGGAGACGUUGUGGGCCUUGUCGAAGGCUUGGUAUCAUGAUAAGAAUACGUAUGAGUAUGAUAGGAAGACGCCGGAGGAGGUGGAGGUUUUGUUUAAUGAGCUGGGGAUGACUUCGACGUUUUGGAAGGCUCGAUAG